AAAUACGAGGUUUCUUUUUUAACACCUUCUUCUUUGUGUAGUACAAAUAGAAGAUUGUGUGUGUGAGAGAGAUUUACAUAUCUUCUGCUCUUUCCGACAAAAAGCCCAUCUCUUCUGUCUGAUUAUAUUUUCUGAAGGUUCUUUUUUUUUUUCUUCAUCAAGAAGAUGAUACUAAUAAGUUUUUGUUAGGACUUUUUUUCUUUUUGAUCUCUUCGGAGAAUACAAGAAAAAAAAAAAAUCGAACUUAGUUUUAUUUCGUUGUUUGGACAGUGUACCUCCACGUAUUCGUCUCUGGUGGAUUAGAUUUAGGCCUCUCUACUGGAGAAGAUCUGAAGGUACAAUGUCUGAACAGGUUAUGGUGUUGGGUAAAGGUAACAAAGGAAUCAGCAAGACUUCCUCAGUUCAUCCAUACGAAUCACCUUGGUUAGGUCGUUGGACUCAGAUGGGUAAUGAAGUAAAGUUUCAUGAUCAGAGUGAUGGUGUUGAGUCCAAGUGUUGUAAGGUGUUGAUUAGGCCUGAAGAUGGUAAUGUUAAAAAGAAUCAUGGAGUCGAGGUACUGCCGUUUCCUAUGUUUAAGGUUUCUCAUAAGAAAGAAAGCACGAAACCGAAGCUUCAAGCUUCAACGAAACAGUCUUUCUACGAAGAUGUGGGUUCGAGCUCGAAAUCUAUGGCUAAUAGAAUGCCUUGGAUGUAUCCACAAGGAGAGAAAUACAGUCCUGAUUUCCCAAUUCAAGAAAAGACUACACAAAACUUGCUAGAGUUGAUAAGACCAGUGAGGAUUUACGCAACAGUUGACUCGGUUAACCUGCCAGAAGAAGAUGGUCAUCAGCUAUUCAAGGGCUCGACGGUUUCCAUGAAACUGAAAGGGAAGAUUGUUGGUGGGUACCUUGAUCUGUUUCCUAAUCUUGACCACUGCCAUAAUAAAGGAGGAGCAAGGCUUGAAUCUCUUGAAAGCUCAAAGAAUACUGAAGAAGAAGAUGGGCCAAGAAAUAAUGAAUCAUCGGCUGAGACUGAUAUCUUAGAGAUGGAUAAACUUCAGACGAUACAUCUUUCUGGCUCCAUUUCUUCAUCAACUAAGGUAAGAAAAGACGAUUCAGGCAUUCCAAGGAAUGAAAUACCUGACAUGAAUGAAGAACCGCCUCUGGUUCUCGAUAGAGAGAAUUCAGUAGAAGGGUAUCAGGGAGAGACAAGCAACUCGGCUACUCAAAGUAUGAAUGCAGAACAUUUCCUGUUCAGAGAGUGCAAACGUGUGAGAUUGGAAACAGAAGCGGAACCAAGCAGUAGAUGGGUCAAGCGUCUGAAGACAAACGCCUCGGAUUCUAGCGGACAUGAUGAAACCAAGAGCCUGAUGAAUAUUAAAGAAGCAUCACCAGGCCAAAAAGGGAACAACAACCUAUUCCUUGAGAUCAUGAAAUCUGGAAUCAACAAUCUCCAACCAAGAAAUCAAGAACCUGUCAUUUCACAAAUCAAGAAUCUAAACCAGGGAGUAGGAGAAGAAGAUAUUACGCUUCUGCAUCCAUGGAUCCAGAGAUGGUGCAAGAAGAAAGCUACAUUGACAGAUCAACUAGGAGGGCAAGAAGCUAGCUUUGAGCCAGAGAACCAAAAAGAGAUCGAGAAGAAGCAUUUUCCAAGUAUUGCAGCCAUGGCACUGAUGGGUAAGGCUCUGAGCGGUUUAAACCCCUAUGCUCUCAGAAAGACCGACUCUCUCAUGGUCUGGAACGCUCGGGAUUUGAGGUAGAAAAUCAAAUCAUCAUCCUGAUCUUCCUUGUUUAUCAUUACAUCGUAGAGACAAGAACAAGAGAGCAAGCUUGCUACAAUCAAAUUCGUGUAAGAUUUUGACAGGUUCCUCUACAAGUGUCAGUGUGACUAUUCUUAUAAUAGUUUCAGCAAUGUAUGAAUAUACCUAUUUGCAUCAUAAACCUUCUUUGUCAAUCGCUACAGCACCACUAUUCUGAUUUGUAACUGGUUGUAAGUAAACCCAUUCUCUGAAAAUGUUGAUUGAAGGAAAUGGAUCACAACAUC